AUGGGAUUUUCUACGUUUCCUUUUCUUGAUAUUUUUAAUAAUCUCUUUUUAUGUCCUUCUUUUUUUCAUUUGGUGAUUAUUUUUUGUGAUGGUGUUAUUUCUCUGUCCUUUUCUUCCAGUUCAGUUCUGUGUCAAGACUGUCAUGUCCAACUCUCUUAUUACCUACCUUAUAUUUUCCAGUCUUCCCUCCCACAAUUUUUCUCCCUUUCUCUCGUUCUCUCGUUUCUCUCUGGUUCUUUCUUCACCUUUAUCUGUUUUUAUCAUAUUUCUUUCACUUCUCCACUCUUUCUGUUCACUAUCUAUCUAUCUAUCUAUCUAUGUCAGUCUGUUCGUCUGUUCGCUAUCUAUCUAUCUUAUCUAAUUAUCUAUCUAUCUAUGCUUAUAUAUGAAAAUGACUCUCUAUCUAUCACUGUAUUUUCAACUGUCUAUCUAUCUAUCUAUCUAUCUAUCUAUCUAUCUAUCUAUCUAUCUAUCUCAGUCUUACUAUCUAUCUAUCUAUCUCAGUCUUACUAUAUCUAUCUAUCUAUCUCAAUGUCUAACUAUCUAUCUCAGUUCAAUAUCAUCUAUCUAUCCAUCUAUUUAUCUAUCAAUAUAUGUUCAUCUAUCAUUCUGUUUCUCGCGCGCACGUGCGCUCUCUCCCUCCUUCACUCACUCUCUCUCUCUCUCUCUCUCUUAAUUUCUCCCCCUUUUUUUGUGCCUUUUAAUCUCCUCGAAAAUCUCUCUCUCUCUCUCUCUCUCUCUCUCACUUUUUCCUCGUAA